UACACCAUUGGUUUCGUCCACGCCGCGUCAUAAGUCAACGUCCUGUUCCGUUGAGGGAGGGUUUUUGUUGUUCAACUUGUGGAAAAUCUGUUCCCGUUUGUGCAGAUCCUAGCGUGCUACAACGCACAACGGGAAACUCCCAAGUCUUCGUUGUUCCUUCCACCCGUUCUGGACGCUUUCUGAGGAAAAUACUCGAGUUCUACGAGCGAACAGACGACAAGGAAGCGUUGGUGUCAGACGACUACUGCUGACGUCUGUGAGUUCGAGUGUGGGGUGGGCGAUCAUCAGCAAGAAAGACGUGCUGAAAAACGUUACAUCACCUCAGUUGGUUAUCAAAACAGGACAACAGAGCGAUCGUACAUUGAUAGUUAUGCGUGUGAUGGCAAGCUUUGCCUGCAGUGACAGCGAUAUAGCGGAUGCAGAAAUUCUCUACCAGUUAAAACCAGGCGGAAACCCAAACGACCAGAAGGCCGGCGCGGAGACAUGGUGCGCCGCGUUCGCCCCCGAUAACUCGUACUUCGCCUGGUCGUGUGGUCACAGGCUGGUGAGACUGGUCCCGUGGAAACACAAGAUAAACAACAACGAGAUUGAAGAUGAAGAGGGAAGACAAGGAGAGCCCAUGUUACCCACUCCUAAGGAGAAGGUGAUAGACUGUGGGGAGUAUGUGUGGGCCGUAGCCUUCGGGUCCUCAGUCUCUUCCAAAUGUCACCGCACAGUCAACAUCAGCUUCCAUCGCUUCAACUUUGGCAAGGACCUCAUCCUGGCGACGGGGCUACAGAGCGGACGGAUCAAGACAUGGGACGUUUCCAGCGGUGGCAUCCUGUUAUACCUUAUAGAUCACAAAGAGGUGAUCAGAGACCUGCAGUUUGCUCCAGAUGGCAGCAUGUUCCUGGCAUCCGCAUCACGAGACAAAACCCUCAAGGUGUGGGAUCUGAACGAUGAUGGAAACAUGAAGAAGACACUGAAGGGUCACAACGGCUGGGUGUACAGCUGCUCCUGGUCACCAGACGCCAAGAUCCUCGCUUCCGUCGGGCAGAAUAAAACAGUGAUCCUUUGGGACAUGUCGGACUAUUCCAUGAUGAGGAAACUGACAGGACAUCAGAACGAUGUGGUGGCCUGCGACUUUUCUCCUGAUGGGGCUCUACUGGCGACGGGAUCCUAUGACACGAGAGUUAUCUUGUGGGACCCUUACACCGGCCAGAAAAUCAGAACAUUUGGGCAUAUGUACCCUCCUCCCUCAUUUCUCAUGAUGGGCGGAGCCAAUGACUACUGGUUGCGAGCACUGAGCUUUUCCCAUGACGGGUGCCAUGUGGGCACUCUGUGUGACGACAAGUAUGUGAGAUUCUGGUCUAUCUACAAUGAGGAGGUCCCUGUGAAGAAGGCCCAGUUAGUGAAUGCCUUAUGUUGUAACUACUCGCCUGAUGGCUGCUGCUUGGCUACAGGUACCCGUGACGGCAAUGUUGUGUUCUACAUGGCUCCCAUGAGAGUACAGAAGCUGCAGCACCUGUGUCGCCUGUCUGUACGGCGGGUCCUGCCCUCCACCAGGGUCGAUGCCUUGCCUAUUCCACAGAAGCUCAUGGGCUACCUCAAGUACGAGAACUAGACCCCAACAACUCUGGCUAACAACAAACACCACCUCUUCAGUAGACCCAUACUUUCAUAUACAUGUAUAUCUGUGGAUUAUUUCAUCGGGUUGGUAAGACAUUGUACAAGAAGCUUCUUUACUCAACCACCAGUAGGUUUUUACAUCUGAUGUUUCGGUGACUGUCUGUCACCUUCUUCAGAGCAACAAUGUUACAGUAUUAGGAGUGCCCUGAACAACAGACCGUCACCGAAAUGUCAGAUGCAAAAACCUACUGGUUGUUGUACAAAGAAACUUGUAUACACUGUCGUAUAUACUUUGGGGACAUCAUCAAGGUCUGUCAGUUCCAUAAAAAAUCAUUUGACACAUUAGUUUCAAGGUAAAAAAAACUAAUUUCUAAAUUUUGGUGCCAUCUCUGUGAUGUGCUAUUGUCAACAGUAUCUUCAUUUCUUGUCCUUUCGUGCUAAGAAUGAAGUUGUCAUUCCAAUCAGAUUGGGAAAAAAAUUCAGCUGAACUCAAACUUUCGGUUAUUUUAUUUCAACUUAGAAAAGAUGGACUCUGACUAUAUACAGUCAUUACAUUUGGCAAUUUAACCUUCUCCUUGCUAAGUAAUGUUGUGACUAAUACAAAUUUGGCAUGGAUGUGCCCUUUGCAGGAAGAAGGUUAAAACUAUGCUCAAAUACUCAUUGAAAUGGGCCUAUAUUAUAGAUUAAGGUGGAAGGCAAAUGCUAACGUUUCGACAAGGUCUUGUACAUAAAAAAAUAGCUGUCACUAAGAGAAGUGCCAGAUUGUACAUUGCGUUGUUUUGUAAUAUAUGAUAAUGGACUUGUGCAGGACAUAUUAAUAUUGAUAACCUCAAAACUCUGGCUGUCUGGACAGGUACAUGUACAAGGUGUUCUUAAUUUCUUUUUGUUAAGUAUUAAGAUAUACACUUUUUAAUGGUGAUACAAUAUCUGUUAAGGAACAGUUACUUGGUAGAUGUUAAGAAUAUGUUACUAGUGCAAGGAACUUUGUACAUAAGGUCUGUAUGUUAAUAUAGGGUUAAAGCAAGUUUGGGAAUUGGAGCUCAAAUGGCCUUCCAUGUGAGAAAUGGGUUAUCUUUAAAAUUCAUAACAAAAACGUAUCUUCUGUUGCAAAACUGGUGAAGCAAUCGUUAAAGCCAUUGCUGCUGCCCUUGCCAUGUAAAGGAGACUGCUUGCGUUUGUGGCCGGGGACAUCUCAAUAUAAAAACAUGGGGAUGUCUCAAAAAAGCGUGGCCACUUGGCUUGUAUGUAGCACCAAUCAGCCAUUGUACGGAAAUGUGAUCCAAAGCAGUUAUAAACAACACAACUUAAAUUAAAAGAUUCAGGUAUCAUGACCAGUAUAUCUAUAAAUUGCAGUCAGCAAACUACAAAAAAUGACUGUACAAUCAGGGUAGCUUUGAAUAUGAGUUUUUUUUAAAUCUAAGUUGUUACUUAAUGUCUAGUUAUUGUAUUUAAGUUUUUCCUAACUAAUAGUAGGUAUUUCAUUUUCUCUCUGUUCGUUACUAAUUUUUUAUAUUCUCACUAGAUUUAUGAAUUAUGUAGAAUAGACAUAGGGGAAACAGGAAUGAAAAACAAAAGAAACGAAAUCUGCAUGGCAUAACUUUGCAAUGUGCACCUAAACUGCAAUGUUUAUGACGUUAACUACACCUGUCUCUUAGAUAACUGUAGAAAAACAUCCAGACAUCAAGUAGUGAAAAGAAAGAAUUGUUUCAGAAGAGCUUGUAUCCUGUUGCCUUACACAAAACUUGUACGGUUCUUGUUUCUUCAUAUUACAUCCAACAUCCAUUGCUGCCAUGUAAAUACGCAAGUUUACAAUAAGGAAGAAGGCAGUGGGAUAUCUGUACUGGUCAUGUGAAGUCAUCAAGCAAUUCUGAAGUCUGUUUUUCCCCACAUAGACCUAAACAGAGCAUAGCCUGAGUACCAUCUUCUACCUUCCAGUUGAACUCCCAUGUGCAGAAGUGGUUACAAAAGUAGGAAAAUACAAUAUAACAACUAAAUACAAUCUACAAGUCCUAAAGAUUCUGCAUGAAGAUGAAUGACAGGAAAUAUUAACUAUGGCCUUUUCCUUGUCAACACUGAAGCAGCAAAGAAUUAGA